AGCGUUUUAUUUCGUCACGUUGGUGUUCUUGUAGGUAUUUUUUUUACUUUUAUUCGUAUUCGCGGUCUGGUUCUGGAACGGGAAAUCCCCUCAUAGCGACUUAUACAUAUAAUCCAUUUUAUCCGUAGGACUGUUGUUUGUUCCUUUACAAUUAGAGUUACGGACGCUUCUUUCGUUUCGUCAAGUCACAAUUUUGUUUUUCAAUACUUAACUGCGUACUGACUAAAGUGUAUUCGCAGCGAAGCUUGAAAUUUUUUUAUAUUCGGUUUCGUGUGUUACGGAAAUAGUGUUUCGUGGUUUUUAUUGUACCUGAUUGGCAGAGGUAAGUAAAAGAGUUAAUUUUAUUGAUUGAAAUGUAUGACAUCUGUUGGAAUCGUGUAAUGUUGAUAUGAAAUUGUGUGAUUAUGUUUACAAAACUUACAUAACGUUUAAACGCCAUUGCAUCUUCUGACGAAAUCUUCGUCAGCCAUUGAAUUAAAUCGUCGUAGUUAAACUUAACAUUUUUUUUAUAUUCAAAGUUGUAUUCAACUGUAUAAUAAUCUUAAUUUUAAAAAAUAUAUACACCUACAUACAUAUGUAAACAGCGUGAAAAUUUUCUGUUACGGCCGAACAGCGACAGUUACUAUUUACUGUUUAAUUAACCAUUUUGAGAUUAAAGUAGUUGUUUUAUGACGAACUUAAUUGCCAUAUUUGGUAGUUACGUCUUAUGUCAUUGAGGCAGUGCGUACGCUUCAGGGAUGACAACGUUGUAACAGUAAAUGCUGCAAGGAAUGGUUUUUCUAUACGUAGAAAUUAUGUUUGUAAGUGGGAUUUGGCGAAAAAUGGCUGGAAAAGGAUUAUUUGUCGUCCUGAUUGUUGUGGCGGUAGUGGCUGUCACUCUCGGAGAGAGUGAGCAAAGCACUGAAGUGGGUGUAAAGCCUCAACCUCCACCUGGUAAUAGUUCAACCUCAACUACAAAACCUACCACCACCACACCAACUACCACCACCACACCAACUACCACCACCACACAAACUACCACCACCAUACCAACUACCACCCCCACACCAACUACCACCCCCACACCAACGACCAAACCCACAACUCCGACGACCAAACCCACAACUCCGACGACCAAACCCACAAUCCCGACGACGAAACCCACAAAUCCAACGACAACACCCACACCCACAGUCCCCACGACCACGGCUCCACCCGUCCCCCGCCCGGAGAUCGGCAAGUGGGUGGUGCAGAACAAGACGGACAACGUCACGUGCAUCAUAGCCGACAUGGCGGUGCAGCUGAACGUCACGCGCAAGGAUUCCACCAACAAGACGUUUGUGUUGGUGGAGCUGCCGAAGAACGCCACCGCGAGCGGGGCCUGCGGCCCAACGGUGCAGGUGCUGAACCUGACCUGGCCGUCGGCGAACGGGACCAACGAGCUGGUGGUGACCUUCGAGAAGAACGACACGGCCAAGGACUUCUCCGUGUCCUUCAACCUGACCGUUCAGAUUCCCGACGGCAACACCACGACGGAGAUGAAGCUGAAGAGCGUGAAGCCAGAGUUCACCACUCCGUACAAAAUGUCCUACCGUUGCGUGAAGGCCCAGGAACUGAACCUCACGCUCGAGGGAAGUAACGCAACUGUCGGCUUUCUGACGAUCAGCAACACUCAGCUGGAAGCUUUCCACAACCAGACUGACCAGACGUUCAGCGCGGCCAAGGACUGCGAGGCGACCGGCAGCCCGGACAUCGUGCCCAUUGCGGUGGGCUGCGCAUUGGUCGGCCUGGUGGCCAUCGUGCUGAUCGCGUACCUGAUCGGCCGACGCCGCUCGCAGGCCCGCGGCUACCUCAGCAUUGAUGGCACAGACUCGGAGGAAAGACGGUAGAAUGACUUCGCCGGACAAGCGGAGUGACACGGACUGUCAUUUUGUGUCUGCAACUUGGACUUUAUCAUAUUUCUUUUUCAUGUUUCAAACAAGAAAUCCUGGGAUUAAUUAAUCAUAAAUGAUGUUUAUCUGUUACUAAGAAUUUUUACCUGUGCACUGUGUAUAUAUAGUAGUUAUUGGAACAAAUUUUGUUCUGAUUAUUUUAUAUUCAUUUCUGUAGAUUUGUUAUGUGUUUAAAUAUUUUUUUUUUAUGUUAAGUAAAAAAAGUUCUCUAUAAACUCUUCUUGAAUUAAACUUAAGGUAUGUUAUUUACAUAGUACAAUACAACAUGUUGUAAAAAAAAUUUUUAUUAGUCUUUUUAUUGUGUCUAAGUAGAAGGAAACCUCUUAUUAUUAGAGACAAGAUUUUAUGGUUUAAUUUUUAGUCCAAUAUUGUUUUUAAAAAAAGAGGAUUUUGGUGUUAUUGUUACUGUUUUGUAAUACUUAUUACAUCAAAUAGAUGCACUAUAAAACUAA